UAACCAAUGACCUAAAUUCUGUUAAGUCACUGGUUUUCCUGGCUAGCUCAGGCAACCCAUUUCAUGCUCUAAUAGCACUAGUGAAGAAGGAGUAUUUGUUCAAAUUUGUCCUAGCGUAUGGGACGAGGAAUGUACCUUUAUCUUUGUGUCUUUCAGACUUCAUUUCUCGACCAAUGGGUGCUAAUGGAGGUAAAGAAAGCCGUAAUUGUGAACAACUGCAAAAUCUUUGUCGUGGAGAUCUCAUUAAAUUUGCUAAGCUAAAUGAAAACAAAUAUUACAUUUACAGUGGCAACAAAGAGAGACUCUAUCCACUCAAUGAAAAAACUAAAGAAUUUUUUUCUUAUCCUGAAAAACCUGGAGAAGUUGCAACGGUAACAUUCGCUGAAGCUUGCAGGGAUUCACAGUGUUCCAAAAUUACUGUUGAACAAUGGAUUACAGACAUUGGAGCAGAUAUUUCCAUUGAGAAUUUUAAUAAGAAAGUAAUGCAGACACUAUUGCCCGGUGACAUUGUCAAAGUUAAAAGUCAUUAUGCUUUGUAUAUAGGCAAUAAAAAAGUUAUACAUCUAGUUAAUCUGAAUUCAAAAUACGGUGAACUGACAAAGAGACGAAAAGAAGAAUUAAAGGAAUUUCCCAAUGCCCAGGCACUCGUUACCACUGACAAGAUAAACAAAAUUUCACAAAAUGUGAAAAUUUUUAAAGCCAAUAGAGCCUGUCUUCACGGUUAUGAAGCGAGAGAAAUUAUAAGAAGAGCUGAAUCCCAGAUUGGCCCAGCUAGUUACAAUAUGCUGUUUCAAAAUAGUAAGCACUUUGCUGCAGAAAUGAAGUACGGUGAACAAGUGAAUGAACUGAAACGAAGCUUUAAAAUUGGAACUUCGCCAUAUGAAUGGAUGUCCCAACCUGGUACGAAGCAUGAAUCUGACAGCUAUCAUCAAUAUGACCAGCCUAAUUAACUGUAUAUGAUUCAGUUAACAUGAGCCCUGAAACCUUUAAUGAAGAAAACAGACAGCAGCAAAUAUAAAGCUAUGUGAUUGUAUUCGAUGUAACUAUUACUAACUUACAAACUCACUCGUCUAUCCGUCUGGUACAAAUUUGUACACAUUAUUCACUACCCAUUUUCAGAUCAAGUUGAAACUUUGCAUAAUUAUUCAUUACCGAUGAUAACACAUGAAUCGAUAAAAACAAAUUAACCAAAUAAUUAUUUAAUAUGUGGUAAUGAAUUUAUUCUGUUUCAUAAAGAAAAAAAGAACUAAAUCAUACAGUAUUUACAUAUAUUGCUGUAAAUUUGAAUUUCUGUCCUUUAUAUGAAACUUUUUAAAAUAGUAUUUUUUAAAAAUAUUUUCAUUGUUUAAUUCAAUGCACACUACAUAAACAGUAGUGAAAUGUAUAAAUGAACUUCUUUGAUGAACAUUUAAAAAUUCUAUUUCAUAACGGUAUAUGAAUGUUUAGAGGUGAUUUUCAUGUUUCACGGAAGUAAUUGUAGCUUACUCUUUGUAUACAAUGUAUUUUGACUUUAAAUUUGAUUCUUUACUAAUGAACCUUUUGAGCCGUUCACUGGUAGAAAAGUCAACCCAAAGGAUUUUGCUUUGUCCAUUUAUGAUGUUUACUAGAUCAAAUUUAUAUUAACACAAAUAAUAUCUUUUUUUUGGGAUGAUAUGUCUUGUUCAGGGCCUACCAGAACGAGUAGACCUUAACACAUGUACAGUUUAUCUUAGGGCUUCUAUACAAGGUGGCUAUCCGUAAGAUGGAUAAUGAAAUCGACCUGCGUAUCUCCAAGGCCAGGGCAGACUGUCUAAAAAUGUCUAAAACAGAAGAGGUAUCACCACAAAUACAAAGCUAGGGAUCUAUCGAGCCGUCAUCCUCCCUACAUUGCUCUAUGCCUCAGAAACGUGGACAGUGUACAGAAAACAUGCAAAGAAACUGAACCACUUUCACAUGACAUGACUAAGAAAAAUACUGAAUGUCAAAUGGCAAGAAAAAAAUACCAGAAACUUAAGUCCUUCGAAGAGUGGGCCUGCAAAGCAUUCACACAAUCACCCAGCUGCGAUGGGCAGGAUCUGCAGAAUGGAAGAGCGUCACAUCUCUAAACGACUCCUGUAUGACUAAUUAUGGCAAGGAAAGCGCUCACAAGGUGGACAAAGAAAACGCUUCAGGGACACCCUCAAAGCUUCUCUGAAUACCUUCAGCAUAAACCCAGCCACCUGGGAGACAGAAGCACAUGACAGAGCACCAUGGCGUCUCGCUGUGAUAACUUACGCACAAAUUGCUGAAGAAAAGAGAACAACGCUGGCAGAAGAAAAACGCCAGAGAAGAAAAGCAAGGCCAAUGACACUAGCUCCGGCUGGAAUAACCUGCCCAGUGUGCAGCCGAACAUUCCGGGCUCACAUAGGUCUCACCAGCCACAUGAGGAGGCAUAAAACCCCAGUGCAAGGCCCUCAGCCCCCAAGAUGACAAAGUGGUCAUCAUCGAACCACGAUGAACGAACUAUAUAUAAGUUGUCUAUUUCAUGUACCAUACAUUAUUAUAUGAAUAGAUAGAUAGAUAGAUAGAUAGCUUAUGCAAUGUACACAUUUGUGAUUAACUUCAGUGUAGUUCAUGGUUUGUUUAUAUAAUUAGACUACUAUUGAGACCACACCGCUAGUGAAGUACAUGAACUUUCAUUUUCUGUAUGUACUUUUCACAGACCUUUUAACUAUUACACAUACUUCCAUAAAGAAUAACAAAAUUAUAGUGUGUCAUUUCUGGUAUCAAUAUCCAGCUUACAUUUGUAUGUGAUGAAAUUCGUUUUCUUGCCUUAAAAUUGCAAGCGCAUAAAAUUUGCAGAUUUAAUUUAAGAAAAAAAAUUCAUCUUUAAAUGAAGAUUGACAUAGAUUGCACUUAUUAUAAGUUAGGUGUAGUCGCCCAGGCAUGCUGCCCUGUCUCAUCGUGGCACUCGGAAACAUUGUGAGAGGGGACGGCUAUACAAAAGGGUAGCAACACAAGGCUCCCGUGGGAGUCCAUAAGAGAGUAAGAGUGUAUCCUCAAUGCACUGUGUAAAAGAGCUCUCUCAGCGAUCUGUCAUGUCCAGGCGCCGUCCCGCAGGGUUAGCCUGGUAGAUCAAAGGAAAAUGAAGGGGCCCCGGUGUAUGCAGCUUCCGACAGCCUCUCUAGUUCCCGAGUCCGGAGUGUCCAUGCCACUGGAAGUGAACGCAAAACUAAACUUCGAGUUUAACCCCGAGUCUCACCCGCUGUCAGACAGAAAGGUGUGUGCGAGGUGUACAACGUUCAUUCAGGUCUGUAGAAGGGAGCUCUUGUUCGCUUUUGCUGGCCUUAGGGUUCCAAGUACUAUGCACAACUCUACAUGUCAUUUCCUAAUGGUGAAGGCGCUAGUGAUCUCAGUGACAUUGGAAAAAGGAUUGAUUUCAAUUACUUUUUACAGAGUUUUGUUUAAGUGCUUAUUUUCAAGAAUAAACGAACACAUUGAUCUUUUAUGAGUUAUGAAUAGAGUUCGGAAGUAAAAUUUCCUAGCUCAAGCCAACGCUUUCCGAUGAAAAAAAAAAGAAUUAGAAAAUCAAGAGAAAAAAAUCUUAUAAAAAAAUAUGUUACAUUCAUGCAUCUAAUUUCGUUUUUAAUUAUUUAAGAAAAGCUAAAAACUUUAUUCUAUAAUAUUAAAUGGAUAUAGCCUAAAUUUUUAAAAAUAAGUUUCAUCGUGUAAGGGUGAUUAGUUUAUUCAUAUUUCAUACUUACAUACAUGGCUAGAUACCUAAAUAUAUCUAUACACAAUAAAUGUAUAACUCUAAAUAGGCUACAUUUGUUUCUGCUACACACACGUUUGUUUGGAACUAUUAAAAUGUCCAAAACAUUUCACCAUACUUUAUAUCACCAGUCAAAUGCUAAACUUUCAUGUACCAGUGGCGUGAAUUUAAGAAAAAAAGUUUUCAUCGAAGUUAUUGCAAUGGUGGCUAUUGUCAGGUGGGUUUGUUGUCUACUUAACUAGGGGUGGAUAUACCUGCAUUGAGUUCCCGGGUUCUCUCCCCAUCUGAACAGUGUCAACUGUAAACCAAAGCAAAGCGUACUAGCAUAUAAAGUAUUGUUAUGACUUUGCCAUGCGCACCGCCAUCCAAGAUAGUGCAGAAAGAAGGUGCGCACUAUCAGUGACCAGACAAGUCGGAUGUUGACAUAGGAGACUAACGAUUUCCGCCCAAGUAGAGAGCCAAUAUGGAGAUGCUGUACUCAAGGCAGAUGCCCUUUGUGUUUGUCAUGUCUCUAUGUAAAUAAACGUCUAUGUCCUCGUU